AUGGCGCCUUGGGAAGAUUUCGACAGUGUUUACUCCUUCAACAAGAACUUUGUUUAUGAUGGCAAGGUCAUUGAACAGAUCCUAUCCAACCGCCGGGCUUUGGACAACCAGCUGUUCGCCGACAGACUCCUAGGACUGCUCGGCGUGAAAGCAGUCACGAAAGUAUACCCUCCAAAGUCCAACGCAGACCUCCGAACCCUUUUCGGACACAUCGUAUCAUCCCCACUGGAUAUCCAUCACAAGCAGGCCUUGAUCUACUACCUCUUGAAGGACUGCCGGGCAGCCAAUGACUAUGCUUCACAAUUUUCGCGGCGAUUCCAUUUACCUGAAAAGUACCGUCUCUUCAUUGAAGGACUUUGGAACCUAGAUAGGCUAGAAUUCAGGCGCGCCAUUGAAUAUUUGACCGAACCCUCCAUCAUUCCAACAUUUCCUGAUGAAAUCCUUUACGUUCUCACCCUCCCACAGCUUCCCAAGCACGAUGACAGCCUCGUAAUGGCAUAUUAUCUCACCGUAAGCCCACCACUGGCAUCCACAAAAGUCCGGAAAGCAUUCUUCAGAACUCUUUGUCGCUCCAGUAUUACGGAGGCCUUUUACUUUACCCGGAACUAUGACGACUCGCUUCGCCAGAACUACCUUGCGCAGCUCAUUGAAUUCGUGCAUGCGACGGAAGCUGGCGAGACCCGGAGCAAGCGCGCUAUGGAAUUGAUUGGCCUUCCCUUCGAUGACCAGGAAGAGGGAUGGUUCGAGGACUGUCUUCUCCAUGGAAAUGCAAAGGGGUUGCAUGGCGCUAAGGACACCGUCAUGAUGCGCCGUCUUGCGACAGGGAAAGUAGAAAAUUUGUCUGCCGACCUCGAGUCCUUGGGCGGCAAGAAGGUCGAUGGACUGAACUGGGACAUCCUCAGACAAGGUAUUCAACCAUCGCAGACAUAG